UAUAAUAUGGUGAUCAAACAAAUCUUAAUUAUAAUAAGACAAAUUUAACAAGAUUUGAGAUAGCAGGGUGCACUUGAUUAUUUACUAAAGCAAGAAGGAACAUUUAAUUAUAAAUUACAUAAAGGACAUUACAUAAAAGACAUUACACACUACACGAAACUACAAAGAGAACCCAUUCAGACAGCAUUACAAGGACAUUGUCAAGGACACCCUUUGGAUCUGAUGACAUUAUAUUGAGAAUACCCUCCUGUUGAGUGUCAAGGGUUUGGAAUGGAGUUCCUUUUGCCUUCUGGACUCUGGAGAGUCUAGAAUUCACUGGAUCCUAUUCCCUUCCUGGACUUAAGAGUGAACCUUCCUUUUUUCCAGACCUCUCCACAGAGGAGUCUGGGUGCAGCCAAAUCCACCCUCAGUCUCAAAUUUGCCCCAACCUUGAUCAGUGGGUUGCUUAGCUAGGUUAUCUCCACUAAAUGUGGGAAUGUGAUCAGGCUGAAUGUAAUCAGCUACCAGUUCCGACAAAGUUUUUUUUACUUUUAAAGGAAUGUUUCACAUUUGAGGUGUAAUUGGUUUGCAUCCUUUCACACUCACCAGAAAAUGUAGCCCUUGUAAGAAUGAGAUAUCCUGGCUCUUAUGAAUUAAAUUUUGCUUCCAUCUCAUUUUGCAAACCAUCUCGGUUACUCUUUACAUGAAGUAAACUUUACUUUGUAUAUAUACGGUCUCCACUUUUCUCACAUCAUCAGUUCUUUAGAAGGCUGAAAACGUGGGUUGUCUCCAUCAGCUUUGCAGUUACAGCUGCUCUUGCGAAUAGAUGGGAGAUUGCUGUCUUCAAGGGGAGUGGACAAAAGCAGUUUUUCUGAGUGUUUGUGAAGCUCUGUCAUGGCUCUGCUUCCAGUGAUGCUCCCCUGGAUGCUCCCUUAUCCAGGCUGUGCUGUGUAAGCAAGUGAGAGCACAGUGCUCAGUGCUGCAGGCCUACUAGAAACUUAUGUGCAUUUACUGGGUUAUUCAGUGCUUGCUAAUAUCAGAUGUGAUUCCAAGAGCUCAAUAACUGUUGAGAAAAAAAAAGAAAACCUCAGACUUUUUUCAAGAAAAUAAAAGCUUUUAACAGUAUUGCUAUGUAUUUUCAGUAUUCUUCCACAGGUGUCUUACAUUCCAGUAGCAUAAGAAACUGUUUUUAAGUAUUCACAGUGUCACUCUGAGGAAGCAUUCUAUUGCUAAUUCCCGGUCAGAUAACAGUUAUCUUCCCACUGAUGCAUGUCCCCCCAAAUAUAUUUGCUUUUUUCUUAUGCGAGAGCCACAGAUUUCCUGAGGAGUGGAAUUUGAUGCUCCUGGCGGGAAGCGAUGCUGUCCGUAUGGUUCCAGGAAGCAAUAAGCACCUACAUGAAAAUAACUCAAGUCCCCAUCCUUAAUCCCUGCCUAUCCUUUUUUAUCUGAUGGACUCAGCAAGGACUGGAAGAUCACAGCGCGGCUGAAAACGAAAGGGAGUUAACAAGAUGUGACCCGUCAAUGGCUAAAACAAUAGGCAAGACCCUGCAGAUUGCCUAGUGCCCAGGUGUCCUUCCCAUGCACAGGUAGCCAUGUGGAUCACCGUGAGUUUGCUCUGCUGCUUGGUGCUUGGGGAGCUGCCGUGGGCAGGCGCCUCGUGCCCAUCACAGUGCAGCUGUGCCUUCCACAGCCUCAACGAAGGGACGAAAGCCAGGUAUGCUGAUACUCUCUGGGGGUUGGGGGUAUUGUUUCUUCUCUCUGAGGAUGCUUGCAGAAGAAAAUAUUGUGUCCAGGCUUCAUGUCUGUUAUUUUUCCAGUCGCUUUGCACUCCAGCUUUAUUUGCAGAGGAUUAGCUUCUGAAAACACAGUAAGCUGAUUUCAGAGAAAGCGUUUGGGCAUCUCCUCUGUGAGAACAGAAGCAACAUAAUUACCGCUGGGGCAAUGGCAAAAAGGAAUACAAUUAAAACAACGUUUCCUUUUUUUUGCCUUCUUGCUGAAUAUACUGGUUUUAUUCUGUUCUGUUGGUCUGUUUCUAAAGUGUAAGCAGGUUUAUUUUGUGGUACCAAAGCCUUCAAUCCAUUCUCUUUUCUUAAAAAAUCCUUGGGUUGGAGAUUUCAGGUGAAGUAAUCAACUCUGGAUAACAAUGAACAAAAAAGUAGAUAAUAAAAAUAAAAUAAGACAAUUCUCAUACUGGAAACUUUCAGUUGAAAAGGAAGGUAAGGCCAGAAGGGUAUCUGUUGUGGGAAGCAGCACCGUUAUACAGAUUUCAUUGGAGGACUACAAUAAGAAAAGAAAUCUUUCUGAAGGGUAAUCAGAAAUUAAUGAUCUGACCUAAUGAAAUACAGGCUACAUUUUUAUCAGAUGUAGUUCCCAGUAGAGGAGGUUUGUGGCAGAGAGUAUUUGAUAACUCCUUUAGAAGAAAUGUUUUUUCUAGACAAGAUGACGGUACAGCAAUGGAAGCCUGUCCUCUAUAUUUGGAUCUCCAUCAAGUGCAUCUGUUUCAUCUCUUUUAUGGCGGCAUAGUUUUAAAACCAGAAGCUGUCCCAGUGAGGAGAGUGGCAGAGCCAUAGUUUAGAAUUUUUAAAAGGGAGUAUGAUAGCAGGAGAGCCUAUUAUUGCUCCAUAAGUGUCAUAGUUCCUGUAGAAUUUCCUUUCAGUGACUGGAAAAAGCCACAGUGUGUUUUGGUAAGGUGAGUAAUAAAGCAAAUGCUCAUUAGUCUCUUAAGGAGCAUGUCACAUUUUUCUGCACUAAGAUUUGUAUUUCUCACUAGUAGAAGAAGAUUAUCCUAUAGAUUAAUUGUCUAGUGCUUAGCAACAUAGUUUAGAGACGCUAUGAGAAGCAUCAGAGCACAGUUUUGCUGUGAUAAUAUCUCUGCUAUUGAAUGUUUUGUGUCAUUUUUACACAAAAACAAAUGUUAUAUUGAGAGAUGAUCUCAGAAUUUUUCUUAUUUGACAUUUUUCUUUUCCUCCGCAAAAUCUCAACCCUCAGUUGAGAGCGGGCAGGAUUUAAUGCCACGAUAGAAGUGCUGGAUGACAGAAAUACAUUGUUUUUUGGUUAUAAAUUAACUGGAGGCUCAAAUAGCAUUUAACUCCAGGAAAGCUACAUGAGCAGUUCAGCCAUGUUAUUUAUUGUUGCAGAUAGUAGAGGAAAAAUUGCUUUCAGCUAACGCCAAUCUGGUUUUGGCAGUUUUGUAAUAUUCUAUUUAUCAGUCAGGCAGUGUGAUAAGAAAAUGGUACUUGACUGAUCACAUUACACUUCUUGAGGUAUCUGGUUUUGUGUGUGGAGUAGGACAUGCCGAUCUAACCUGUUAUGUUUUGCGAGCUGGCUUUGCACUUCAUUAAGAACUUGCCUUUUUCUCUCAUCUUGGCAAAAACAGUUACAGUUUUUUAUGCAAAGACUGAAAAAUGCAACAUGGGGUUUUCAGGAUUUGGACUCCAGAAAUUAGAAAUAGAAAGGGAUGAUUAAGACAUGUGAAUCUGCCUUGCUUUUAGUAAAACAUUUUCCGAAGGGUUAGUUUUCUGCACUUUUGCUCUCAUAGACGGUAUACCUCUGUGGUGAAAUGACCAUUGCAUCCCUACAAACCUUCCAGUUUCACAGUGAAGCAGAGCUUGCUGUAGAGUAUUACCAGUGAGUUAUUUGUUGACUUUCUUCUCCCCGCCUCAUGAGCAGAGAUCCUGUGCUGUAUUUGGUCUGUAUUACUUUCUCACACUCCAAACUUCAUCAAACAGUUAAGUCUUCUUUUCAUACAUUCUUUAAUUUUUAGUUAACCGACCCUUUUAUUUUAACAUGCAUUAGCAUCUUCUGUAGUGUCUUGGCACUGCUGUCUGUCAUAAGGACCCUAAAAACCUGAAAGAGAAGAAGGCAGGAGCACAAUAGGGCGAGACUCAGAUUCACACCUCUUCAGGAGAGUGCAAUCUCUGCAGCAAAAAGUGUGUGUAAAUUACUGCAAGCUGAUGGUGACUUACAGUCUUACAACUGUAACUUACAACUACUUAACAGUGAUGGUGUAGGAAUCAGCAGCAAGUAAGAAAUGACAAGAAUAAAGCUUUUGAAAAAAGAAAGGCAGAUAAAAUAAUGUACUGAAAUUUUCAAAAUGUCUCAAAACAUAAGAAAGUUGCAUCUGUGUUUCUUUCCCACCAGGACAGUGCUGUGUAAUGACCCGGAGAUGACCCUCACCCCGGUGAACAUCCCUGUAGAUACGUUCAAGCUUCGAAUAGAAAAGACAGCCAUCCGCAGGGUGCCGGGAGAGGCUUUCCAUGCACUUCACAACCUGGAGUACCUCUGGAUGCCCUAUAACUCCCUGACCAGCCUCAGCGGGAUCACCUUCAAGGGCCUCCGUCGCUUGCUGGAGCUGAGGCUAGAUGGGAAUGACUUAAUAUCGUUUCCUUGGGAAACCUUGUCUGACAUGCCACAGCUAAGGCUUCUGAAUUUACACAACAACGAACUUACCUCAAUCCCCCCAGAUGCUGCUCGUUACAUCAAGAAUAUCACGUACCUGGACCUGUCUAGCAAUAAACUGAUGACUCUUCCUCAGGCUCUUAUUUCUACCUGGGCCAACCUGCAGGCAGUCCCUUACUUCCCCAAUGAUAACUCCAAGAUCAUCUUAGGUUUGCAAGACAAUCCUUGGGCGUGUGACUGCAGUCUGUAUGAAAUGGUUCAUUUCCUGAAUUUCCAGUCUCCCAACAUAGCGUUCAUCGAGCCCAGGCUGAAAUGCUUCACCCCUCGCAGCCUUGCAGGAGUCUUCUUCAGCCAAGUUGAGCUAAGGAAGUGUCAAAGCCCUGUUGUACAUACGUCUGUAGCCAAAGUAAAGACCAUCCUGGGCAGCACUGUGCUACUGCGAUGUGGGACAACAGGGGUGCCCAUUCCUGAGCUCAGCUGGAGAAGGGCUGACGGUGCUCCACUAAAUGGCACAGUGCACCAAGAGAUCUCCAGUGAUGGGAUGAGCUGGUCUAUCCUGGGCCUGCCUGUAGUCUCUUACCUUGACUCUGGAGAGUAUAUCUGUAAAGCAAAGAAUUUUCUGGGGGCAACAGAAGCAUUCAUAUCCCUUAUCAUCAUGGACUCGGAAAGCACGGAUGACCCCAACUCCAAUGCCAAAGGCACGUGGAGCGGGAAGGCGAGUGGGAUGGAGGCAGCUGCCUACAAUGACAAGCUAGUGGCAAGGUACGUCAUCACCACCUCCACCAUGCCUACCCUAGAGGCUGGAGCAGGCACUGGAGAGGACCUCCUCAUGCCAGCUGGUGCACAAGAUAGCAACCCCCAAAACCUACUGGUGAGCCCACCUACUGGUCAGCAGGAGCCGGAGCGAAUUGUGAGAUCUGUCAGGGUGAUAGGAGACACUGAUCAGAGUGUCACUCUGGCCUGGAAGGCGCCUCUGGCGAGGAACACAACAGUGUUCAGUGUCCUCUAUGCUGUCUUUGGAGAGAGAGACAUGCGUCGCAUCAAUGUGGAACCAGGGAAGACCAAAGUUAGCAUUUAUGGUCUGCUACCAAAGACCAAAUACAUAGUGUGCGUCUGUGUCAAAGGGCUGAUUCCCAGGAAGGAGCAGUGCAUCAUAUUUUCCACAGAUGAAGUUGCUAGUGCAGGAGGGACCCAGAAACUCAUCAACGUGGUUGUCAUCAGUGUGGCUUGUGUCAUUGCUGUUCCUCUGACACUGGUGGUCUGCUGUGGAGCACUGAAAAGACGCUGCAAGAAAUGCUUUGUGAGGAAACCCAAGGAAAUUCAGGAGUCCUAUGUCACCUUUGAAAGUCUUUCUCCUGGGGCCAAGGUGAAAGGAGUGGAAGGAGAAUACUUGACUAGACAUACCCCUGAUGAGUCUAACAGGCUCCUCUCUGCCCGAUCCAGUGUGGACUCAGAAGCAAUACCAAAGAUAGAGGGGCAACCUAAUGAAUACUUUUGCUGAUAGUUACUAGGCUGGUCAUUGGCUUGCUAGAUGGAAAGCAUGUGGCUAUAUACAUGACUGUGCUCCUACACUGCAUGCCAUUGUGUUAAUAUGUGUGUCUCAGACUUAUUGUGGAGGAGAAUGCAAGAAGGUAGAAGAUGCCCAGACUUUAUAGGGAUGUGUUGUUUGACCAGCUGGGGUUUGAUGUUUUGUACUCAAUCAAAAGCUUCUAUGCUAAUGGUCUCAUUCCCUUGGACCAUUCUUAUUUUCAUAAAAUGAUGCAUGCACACUGAGUGUGAGGACAUUAAGCAACACUUUUGAGCAUGCUCUGCUCAGUGCUGUUUAGUACCUGCUCUGCAAUAUGCUAAGUAUUUUAUUUUCAGCUCUUUUAUGGUUCUUUGGUUUACAAAUCGGGGAGUACUUGAUAAUUUUAAUACAAAUAUCUAUGAAUGAAGAUAGAGUCUUACCUUUUAUGCACUGUGUAUUUGCAUGAAAAAGGCAAAUUCACGCUUAAUAGAUAGCUAAAUACACAUGUACAGCAACUGUUUAUAGUACGUCUAAAAGCAGCUUUAUAUUCUCAGUUCAAAGAAAUGUGCAAAGAAAUAUGACUCCGGAGACAAAAAGCAGUCAACUCCUAAGAACAUAUAAGAGAGUAAGUUUGAGAAUGGCAUUUUGACCCUAACCACUGUUAUUCUUAUCACGCAAUUGAACAACAGUACCUCGCGGAUCUUUCAGUAUCAGACCUAGCUGUCAUUUUCUAGCAGUGUUGUAAUUAGUACCGUAUGCUUUAUAUCAGCUAUGCUACUUAAAAAUCAUACAAUAGCCUAUUCUGCAAAUAAUGUGUGGCAUUGUAAUGUUUUGUAGCCAUACUGCAAAACCUACAUUAGAUAGUUCUGCAAAAAUCUCCCAGAGCAGCCCUGUCAUUGCUGCUGGCUGUACUGGUAAAACUGGUAGUGAAGAUCAGAGGGCUUAUCCAGGCUCUUGUGGUUUGGCUGCAGAAAUCCCUUGCUCUGUACAGGGCAGAGGUGUGUGCUGCAAUGGUAGCACUGCUGACUGGGCACGCUUCGGCAGUACUUCUGCUGUGGCAGCAGUGGUGGCAAAGGCUCCAUGCUGAUAUUUGGGUUUGAAACAUUUUGCAGGUUUGAGAGCCCUAAUCAGUUAUUUGUUAUUUAAGUCCUGCAAUUCUGCAGGAAUUUGGAUCUGAGUACUUAUCACAAAGCACUUCCCAGCCACGUAAUUUUCCACUCUUGUCCCUUAGGUUGUGAUACUGUAUAUAAUGGCUUUCUGUAUGCAAUAAAUAUUCUUAAUGAAGAAAAUGCUACGUGAUCUGCCAAAUGUUGAAUGGGAGGGAUCCAACCAAGCUGAAAUGAUAAUUGAUUAAGUCUCAGUCUUUUGGAAUUGAUUUGAAAUGUAUGUAUGUUUGUAAAUGUCUUGGAAAGAUCUCCACUCACAUUCUGGAUGUGUUCGUACAAUGUGGAUUUACAAAAUUCAGUACUGGGAAUGACACUCUGUAUUUUGUAAUUCUUUCUUAUCCUGAAGGAUUUCUCUUAUGUCAGACUACUCGACCUGGUGGAAAAAAUCAAAUCAUUUGAUCUCAGCAUAAAUGCUACCAACAGAGAGUACACUACAAUGUUUUCUGAUAGGACUCCCUCUCCUCCUUACAUUCAUGAUAAGGGACUUCUCUUGUACUGGGCGAAUUUUUCAGUCCCUCUGUAUAGCAAUUCAUGCUACUACAUGGAUUUUUAGGUUUACAAAUAACAUUUUUCAAAAUGUAUUUUAAAACAAUAGAUUAAU